AUGGGUUGGUUUUGGGCUGAUCAGAAAAAUACUACCAAGAGCGCAGCCUGUGGUGCUGCAUCUGCAUCUGCAUCUGCAUCUGCACCUGCAUCUGCACCAUCAGAGUGCCCAGUCAUGCACAAGUCGUCAUCGUCCGAGUGCCCUGUCAUGCAAGCAGACACAGAGCAGAUAAACCCGCUCAACAACAUGCCCGAGCUCACCGCCGCCAGGCAGCCUGGCCAGAAGCUCGACCUGCCCGCCGACCGCACCGUAUCCAGCAUCCCGAAGAGCCCGGACAGCAACGAGUUCUGGGAGUAUCCCUCUCCGCAGCAGAUGUACAACGCAAUGGUCAGAAAGGGUAAGAUAGGCGAUAGCGCUGACGUGGCCGAGGACGCCGUAGAGUCAAUGGUGCAGGUCCACAACUUUCUCAACGAAGGGUGCUGGCAGGAGGUCCUCGACUGGGAGCAACCGCACACGGACCAGAGCCACGUGCAGCCCAAACUACUCAAGUUCAUGGGCAAACCGGGUGUUCUGAGCCCUCGCGCCCGCUGGAUGCACCUAUGCGGCCUACUCUUCCCCUCCCGCUUCAGCCAAGAAUUGCCCUUCGACAGGCACGACUGGAUAGUGCUGCGAGGCGAGCGCAGCGAGCACCAACAGCAGCCGACCUUCAAAGAAGUCAGAUACGUCCUCGACUUCUACGGAGGACCCGACGACGAGAACGGAAUGCCCACGUUCCACGUCGACGUCCGCCCGGCCCUGGACAGCCUGGACAAUGCGAGGGACCGCAUGGCCCGUUUCGUCGACCGAAUCAAGCCGGAUCCGUCCUCGUCAUCAUCGUCCCGGGCCCCUUAA